CCCGGCUUUCGCAAGUUCGACUUUGACCCUUUUCCGCAGUUUCGAGGAACCAUGACGUUCCUCAUAUUGGUGAUUGGGGAUCUGCACAUCCCGGACAGGGCGCUUGAUAUCCCAGCCAAGUUCAAGAAGCUGCUUGCGCCCGGCAAGAUUGGCCAGACACUAUGUCUCGGUAACCUCACAGACAAACACACGUACGAGUACCUGCGGUCCGUGUCGCCGGAUCUCAAGAUCGUCAAGGGCCGCACCGAUGUCGAGGCCACGUCUCUCCCGCUCACGCAAGUCGUCACCCACGGCGGCAUCCGAAUUGGCUUCCUCGAGGGCUUCACGCUUGUUUCUACCGAGCCCGACCUGCUGCUGGCCGAAGCCAAUCGGCUGGACGUCGACGUCUUGUGCUGGGGCGGCACUCACCGGUUCGACGCCUUUGAGUACAUGGACAAAUUCUUUGUGAACCCGGGAAGCGCGACGGGGGCAUUCGUGACAGGAGCAAGCCUAGAGGCGGAGCCUGUGUCUCCAAGUUUCUGCUUGAUGGAUGUCCAGGGCAUUUCGCUCACUCUCUACGUAUACCAAUUGAAGACGGAUGAGAAAGGAAACGAGAAUGUGGCUGUGGAGAAGGUCACCUAUACAAAGCCGGUGGAGCCAACUACUGGUUCAUCAUGACGCCUAAUUUGAAUGGAGCGAGAGAAAAAAGGACACUCAACUAAUAGAGACAUCUUAAUCGUCGACGGCAAAGGGAGAAGCAGAGUUAAUACCCGGCCAACCCAGUUAUACAAAACGCCAUGGUGCUUGUCGGUGCACAGGCAUAUAUCACUUACACCGAGAGAUGAAAUAACAGAAAUAGACUCUGGCUAAGUGUGAAGUGUCCUUGAGAAUAGACCACGGACAAACCACAUAAGAUUCAAAAACAGGGUCAUAACGAUAAAUACAAACACCAUCCAAUA